CCGAGCGAGCGGCAUUCAUUUAUUUCUCUUCCCUCCGUUAGUCCGUUUAUUGCCUGCCUCGUAUCAAGAGCGCAUUGAAAAAGUCGUUCGUUAUCCGAUACGUUUGAGCGUAGAAAACUCGAAGAAUUUAGCGUUUGAAUACGGAAAAAAUGGACUGCGAUAGGCGGCCGCGUCUCAGACGUUUACGUGUCGAUAUUCUCGCGUAGAAAUACGAAUAAUUUCAGUCAAAAAUCGGAAAUUAUCCACAUUAUGGAGCGCGGCAUCAGCGGUGCUUUUGUUUUGGUGCUGCUCGUCACGGCCUGCUUGACUUGGGGCUCGGGAGCGGAACGUUGUCAGACGAUUUCGUCGAAUUUGUGCAAGAAUCUGGGCUACAAUUCGACCACGAUGAGAAAUUUCCUCGACCAGGACGGCCAGAUGAACGCCGAUCUAGGGCUUCAAAUGUACGAGCACCUACUGACCAAUAAGUGUUCGAAGUACAUCCGUCUGUUCAUCUGUUCUAUUUUUGUUCCGAUGUGUUCCGAACAUGUUCCUGGACCGAUUCAGGCCUGCAAAGGGUUGUGUAAUAAGGUCAAAGACGACUGUGAGGAGACACUAAUUCAUUUGGGAAUCCUAUGGCCAGCAGAGUUAAACUGCACUAAUUUUCCUGAACCACCUGCUCUCUGUAUGCAACAACCUCCCGAGGAAAACGAGCAAUCCCCUACGCAUUUUUUCAAUCCCGAUGAGAUUCCUUUUACGCUCAAUUGUCCAGCCAACAGUAUUGCAAAUGAUGGAAAAUGUGUUCCUCUUUGCACCAGCAGACAGUAUUUGGAUCCAGAAGAAGGAGCCAUCUUUGAGAUCUGGGUAGCAGUUUGGUCAAUAAUCUGUUUGGUUUUCACCUUAUUUGGCCUGAUAACGUUUAUCAUUCAACCAAAACGGUUUAGGUGGCCUGCCCGACCCAUCCUAUAUCUUACAGCUUGCGGUUUUGUCACUUGUACCAUCUACUUAAUUCGAUGGAUCGAGGGACCCUACACUUGUGCUGGUAACCUGGCUUACGAAAAACCAGCAGAAAGUCUAUCCUGUGUGGGCAUAUCUCUCAUCCUUUUAUUUUGCGACAUCGCCUAUACUCUAUGGUGGACAGUUUUCUGCUUUGUAUGGUUUCUCAGCGCUAUGAAGGAAUGGUCCACGGAAGCAAUAGAGAGGAUUUCAUCUCGACUUCACGCAGUCGUGUGGAUAUUUUCGGCCAUACCCAUGUUCUAUGUCCUAAUGUCGAACCAUAUAACCAUCAACCACUUGUCGGGAUUCUGCGAGGUCACCAACAAGGUUCUAGUCUUUUUCCAGUUGUUUUUCAUGGUUCUAAGCAGCAUUUUAGCGGUCCUGACUUCGGUCGCUUUAAAAAAUGUUCGAAAAACACUUUUAAUCGCCGGAAGGUCGCCUUUGAAACUAGAAAGAUUAUUUUAUCGUCUUCUAGUAAUUAGCAUAGGUAUUAGUGUGCCUUAUUUUAUGUAUCUGAUGUGCCAGUUAUACAACACUUUUACGAUAGCUUUAACCAAAUUAGUAUUAAGGAAAACAAGUAUUAUUUUUGCUACCCUGUGGGUGUAUAGUCCAAAGACAUUUGAUAUGUGGAGAGAUUUGAUUUGUGUGUAUAAAAGAUCUAGCUCGGAAAGUACCGACCAGAAUAAAAAUAUUUUUACGUCAUUGUUACCAAAAGUUUUUAAAAAUGCGGAGGACAGUAGCACCAAAUCAAGUAACAAUACACUGAUAAAUAAUAACAAGAGUAUUAUUGACGAGAAAAAAACUAUUUUUGAUAUAUUUUUUGCUAGCACCUCUCACAAUGUGCCUGUAAGUCGAGUAUAAACAUGUGUUACACAAAGAAAAUAGGUAGCUUUGUAAUGUUUCUCCUGUAUAUUUUCUCAUUGCUUUACAAAUUAUGCCUCUACUUUAAGAAGAUGCCUUAAUAUUGUACAUAGAAAAUUAACAAAUGAUUAUAUGUAAUUAUUAUUGUUAAUGUUGUAAGAUAUUGUUAAUUUAUUGUAAAGAUGUGAUACUAGAUAGUAACUAUUUUUAUACAUUUUUUGUAAUUAACCAGUUAUGUUUUAAUAACUAUUUAUUGUAGGUAUUGUACAUGACAAAUAAAUAUACAUAUAAAAAUA